CCUGCCCCUCUCUUCAGUCAAACACAGAUCAGUAGGUGAAAUUCAAGGGCUGAGAACUUCAAUUGAGCUAGCCAUGAAUUUCAAAAGGAUAAAUGAAGGGUUUCGACAUGGCCAACUCCUUCAGAUGAUUGAUGAGGGUUACAUAAACCUUGACUUUUGUGGGACUAUGCGCGAUGCAUCAGCAACUGAUCCUUCUUCUGUUGUGCAAAUAAUCCAUAUUUACUGUGCUGAAAUGGAAUCCCUGCUUUUUCGACUUAACAGAAUGAUUAAGGAUGAUUCUGCUGAUUUAGCUGUGGUGACUGAACUAUCUCGCACUGCAAAACUGAAAAGCGAAAGAAUUGGUGCUGAGCGUGUGCUGCUUGAAUGCUCGAACCUCGUUCAAGCUUGUGAGAACAAGGACAUAGAUAACAUCCAUGAGGCCUUGUUUUAUGUGAAGAAUGAGUUCAAGUACACAAAGACCAAAUUGUUAGAUUUUGCCAAGCUGCAGAAACGAAUUGUCAACCUGGAAAAUGAGGAGAAGAAAAAAUGAUCUCGAUCCCAGCUUAUGAUGCUUUUUUGUACCUACAGUUUCUGGUGGUGUGUCGCUUAUUUGGUCAUGAUGGACCCUAAUAGGAGUUAGACACCUGCUCAACGCCACAAAGAUUUUCACUAUUCACUUCUUAAUCAGAACAAGGCAUGCGCAUGCAUGCAUGGAAACAAUGGUAAAGGACGGCCAAGAUCGGAACCUCAGAAAAUCCAAUGCCUUUUGUUCUUCUUGGCAUCUGUGA